UCCGCAUAGUUGUGUGCGUGCGUCGUUCUUCACUUCUUUCAUGCGAGAAUCGAAAGAAAAAUUUUCUGCCAAUCAAGGCUACGGAAAGGUGAAAAAUAGCGAUAGUUAAUUGGUGAUUUUGCAGCAUUUUUCAAUUGAAUGGCGACUCAGUUGUGAUGUGUUAUUGAUCGUUACAAAUUGGUUGAUUCGAGAGCGUGCAAAGCAACGAUCAAUCGACAAAAAAUCUUCUGAUUUAGCGGAAGGGCACGAGGAUGAAGUUUUUCGCCCCACAAUGGAGGGGUCGCUCAAGGGAAAAGAUUCUGAUGGUCGUGAUUUGUGCGAUGGUGGUGCUUCUGACGGCUGGAGCGCAACUAUCGCUGGCAGCGGCUGGAACCGAUCCGUACAAAAUUCUUGGAAUUACGAAACAUGCCACUCUGCAGGACAUUCGGCGGGCGUACAAACAGCUGGCUAAGGAAUGGCAUCCGGAUAAAUCGGAUCAUCCUGAGGCGGAAACGAAAUUUGUUGAGAUUAAACAGGCUUACGAGCUUCUGUCGGAUACGGAGCGUCGAAAGGCCUACGAUCUGUAUGGUAUAACGAAUGAGGAUGCUCAUUUGUACAAGGAGCGUCCGGAUUACAGCAACUACGGACGAUUCCCGGAUCCGUUUGAGCAGUUUUUCGGUCACAAUUUUAACUUCCACGAUCAGGACAUAAGCCUUUUCCAUAGGUUGUCGAUUACGUCCAAGUAUUACGAGACCAACAUUGUUCCGAAAAGUCAUCACACUCCGCAGAUACUGAUGUUCUACUCGGAUUGGUGUUUUUCUUGUAUGAAGGCGGCCAACUCUUUUAAGAAGAUGAUCGACACGCUUGAACCAUUUGGAGUCACAUUUGCGACGAUAAAUGCGGGUCACGAGAACCAGCUGGUGAGGAAGGUCGGAGUGCAUUCGUUGCCUUGUGUGAUCAUGGUUUUAGAUGGUCACAAUUACGUCUACAAAGAAAGUGUGUACAACACCCAGCGGGUCGUGGAAUUCAUCCGUCAGAAGCUGCCUUACAAAUUAUUGCCAUUGAUAGACGAUGGUUCGAUCGAUAGUUUUCUGCUAGGAUGGUCUGACAAUCGAGUGCGGGCAUUGGUGAUGGAACCACGAUCGCAGCCACGCCUUCGAUACCUGAUAACAGCAUUCCAUUUCCGGGAACGGGUGGCGUUCGGGUUCGUGCAGCUCAAUUCUCAGAAAUCGCAACAAAUUCAAGAACGAUUCAAAGUGCAUCCUUCGUUGGACACUCUUUUGAUCUUCAACGAAGAUUUCAACCGUCCAGUGGCAUCGAUUUCAAUGUCGGACAUUCCUACGUCCACCUUGAACAACAUCAUCUCGGUGAACAAGUACCUGGCCCUUCCACGGUUAUCCUCGCAAGCCAUGCUGGAGGGUGUCUGUCCGGCGGAAUGGAACCGUCCUCGGAAGCGUUUGUGUGUGGUUCUGGUCACGGAGAACACUUCGACGCAUGACGAAGCUCGCCAAGCGAUGCGUCGCAUCGCCAUGGAAUCCAACUACAGUCCGGAGCGGGUUCGGUUUGCCUACAUUUAUCAGGAGAAGCAAACGGAAUUCAUCAGCGCGCUGGCCGAGCACAACAAGCUGGAGGAGACGAUGCUCAAGGUGGUGAUAAUUUGGCGAAAGGACGCCAAACAUAUCAAGUAUGAGUGGGUGCACGAGGCCACACUGGAAAUGUUGAACAAAAGUGUUGAGAACGAAACGCACGAUGUCAACUAUAACAACACCAAGCAGAAGCUGGACGGAGCGAUACAGCGACUGUUGCGAUCAUCCGAGGCGUUGACCUACGAAGCGGAAGUGAAGGAUCUGUUGGAUGAGCAUGCCCAAGGGCUGGUUAUACGCAUCCUGAAUAAGGUUUUGUUGGCUUUUGAAUACAUGAGCGAAAAUCUAGGGCAGGAGCACAUUCUGCCCGCUUUGUCUGUCGUGGGAACGAUCGCUUUCAUUCUAGCCGCAGGCUAUCUGAUGUCGUACUUGGUUAGAGUGGAAGAGGAGAAUAUUCAGAAGAAGCAAUCGAAAUCUGGGGAGGAUAAGAACGGAAAGGUCCAAAACUAUGUGCCGGAGCUGCGUCUCCACGAAUUACGUGCGGAAAAGUACAACGGACUGGUUCGCCUUCUCAAACCGGGCUGUCGGACAAUCGUUCUGCUGACGGACAUGCAGUCGCGCAACAAACUGAUUCCUGCCUUCCACAAAGCGGUGUGGCCUUAUCGAAAGAACAAAACCCUCAUGUUUGCACACAUGCUCAUCGAGAAGGGAAUCGGCUGGUAUGCGGAACUGCUGCGGCUGUCCCUGUCCGAGUCGCGGGAGAUGAAAAUCAACCCGCGCAACUGUAUCGGGACGGUGAUCGCGCUGAAUGGGCACCGGAAGUACUUUUGUAUGUACCACGCCAAACAUCCGGAGUCGAAUCGCGGGGCCAAGCGAAUGAUGAAGAUGACCCGUCAGCUGAGUACGAUGCCAUCGGACCCGGAAGCCGGUGCCUUCCUGGGGAUGGACAGCUCCGACUCGGAGACCAGCACGUCCGACAUCUCCGAGCCGAAGAUUCUGCUGGAGGAGAAUCUGCUGGACGGACUGCCCAACUGGUUGGAUCGGCUGUUCGAGGGUACCACCCAUCGGUACUACAUCAACUAUUGGCCGGAUUUUACCUCGAAGUAAGCGUUCAAUCUUCCCCUUGUAUGCUUGGGGCAAAGGCUUUUCCUUCUCUCUAUCUUUAAUUAGUGACGACUUUUAAAAAAGCCAAGCUGAGGCCAUUCGAUAAAAAAAUAUUGUGCUGAGAUUUAUCGAGAAAGACACUCACGCAGAGCUGCACACUUGUUCAUUUUAUUCUACAAUGAGUCUAUUUUUUCCUAUUGGUAUUUUUCUCUGUAGAAGUAGGUAAGUCUAUACUUUUUUGAUAUAGCUUUAAACUAAGUGAUAGUUGUUGGCAGUAGUUUUUAGUUUAGCGAUCAAUAUUUAGAAAGAUGAUCAUCUGAAAUGGUCGUUCAACUCAUCUGUUUCUCUGGCGACCAGCUAGCUAGCACUCAUGCAGAUUAAAUCCUUUAGUGGACAAGCACGAAACCCAAAUCUAGUCAAAACUAAUAUUAGAACAUUAACUAGGAAAACAAAAUGAAAAUCCGUAACGGCAUAUUUUACAUAGUGUUACAUGUCUCCUAAUUGCAUUAGAAUACGAAAAUGCUAAUUUGAUUGUUCUUCUUAACAAAUAUCGUAAUAGUUAAACAAGUAAAAGAACCAACGCGUAGAAUGAAUGAAUGCAAAAAUCCUGAAAGUCCUUCAUACCAACGUUUGCUGGUUUGCUUAUCCUUUUCUAUCAUCUUGAAUGGUUUCAAAGUAGAAGAUUCAUUUUGUCGCAAAAGAAACCACUUUUGAAACUACGACUUGGAAGACUGUGUUGGAGGCAUUUUUUUAUCUGUACUAGUCGAAGAAAAAAUGCUUUAGAACAGUUUAUAUUUUCCAUAGAAGGAUUGUGCAAAUGAGGCAAAUGUAGAUCAGCAUGGCACAUCACCACAUUCAAUGAAGGAAGAAUAGCCAAGUAAUAGUAUUAUUAAGCUAUGAAAUAAUAUUUUAUAAAGGAAAAUUAUUCACACAAAUGAACUGUAUCAGAAUUACAAUCAGAUACUUGAAACUCAAAAGGAUUCAAAAAUAUUUCAAUGCUGAACAUCCAACAAUUAGACGAAAAAUGCGAAAAAUAUCUUGUAAACGAUAAAGAAACAUUGAUAGUAAAGACAGAAAGAAAAGAAGUAAAAAUAACAAUUUCCACUAUGGUGUUUUGGAAAAAAAUGGACGUGGUGAAAAAUAUAUAAAUACCGAAGGAUGAACUUUCUCCCAAAUUA